AUGAUUUUCAGUCUUUUCCCAAUAUGUUCUGAUAUGCAAUUUGGAUCUCUCACUGUUAUUACUAAAACAGAUUACAGAGUAGAGGUUGGAGGUGGGAAAUCCCGGCGCACCUUAGCAUCUACCCUCGCACGAGCUCUUUCUUCUUCCUCUGCAACCGCUUCUAACAGUCGCUGUUGUUUCGCAUUCGCGUUGCUCCCCGCCAAACAAACCAUACCCGUCCCUGAAUCGGUGAAUUUCUCGGUUCGGACCAAAUCUUCGGGUUCGGGUUACUCGCCCCUUAACGACCACUCUCCGAGCUGGAGCAACCGUCCCCCUAAGGAGACCAUUCUUCUGGAUGGUUGCGACUACGAGCACUGGCUCAUCGUCAUGGAGUUCCCCGAUAACCCUAAACCUUCCGACGACGAAAUGGUCAACGCCUAUGUCAACAUUCAGUUGCCUGGAGUUCUUUGGGUCCUUCCAGAUUCAUAUCUUGAUGUUCCCAACAAGGAUUAUGGAGGUGAUUUGUUUAUUGAUGGGAAAGUAAUCCCCAGGCCACAAUAUAGAUAUUCAGAAAGGCAACCCAGUAGGAGUAGGCCACGGCCAAGGCAUGAUAUACGACGGGAAACAAUGCAGGUUGAAAGGAGAGACCCUAUUCAAAGGCAGAAUUGGAGCCAAGGUCAGGGAGGACCUAUGCAGCCAUCACCUUCAAUGAACAGCCAAAACUUGGCUUCGGGUGGAGAGAACUAG